GCGGGGGGGAGCCGCCGUGCCCGUGCCCUUCGCCUGCGGGCGGCCAUGGCUUUGCGGAGGACGCUGGGCUUGGCAGCGAGGCCUUACUCGCGAGGGGCCGCGAAGGACUGGCUGACGGAGGAUUUCCUCGAUGCCCUGAGAGCCGUGGUAGGGAGCACCAAUGUGUCCACGGCCACAGCUGUUCGUGAACAACACGGCCGAGAUGAGUCUGUGCAUAGGUGCUGCCCGCCGGAUGCGGUGGUCUGGCCUCAGAACGUAGAGCAGGCUAGCUUGCUAGCCACGGCAUGCUACAGCAGAGGAGUUCCCAUUAUCCCCUUUGGUACGGGCACAGGCCUGGAGGGUGGCGUGAGUGCCGUGCAGGGUGGCGUGUGCUUUGACCUGACCCAAAUGGACCGGAUCUCUGAGCUGAGCACGGAAGACUUCACCGUGGCUGUCGAGCCAGGAGUGACCCGGAAGGCCCUGAACAGGUUCCUGCGGGACAGUGGACUCUGGUUUCCUGUCGAUCCUGGAGCUGAUGCCUCUCUCUGUGGCAUGGCAGCCACCGGUGCCUCUGGAACCAACGCUGUACGCUAUGGCACCAUGCGCCACAACGUGCUGAACCUGCAGGUGGUGCUUCCGGAUGGGAGGGUGCUUCAUACAGCUGGGCAGAACCGGAGGGCCAGGAAGAGCGCUGCCGGUUACCAACUCACAAGCCUCUUCGUAGGCUCGGAGGGGACCUUGGGUCUGAUCACCCAGGCCACACUGCGCCUCCAUGGCAUCCCCGAGGCCACCGUGGCAGCCAUCUGUGCCUUUCCAAGUGUGCAAGCGGCUGUGGACAGCACCGUGCAGGUUCUGCAAGCAGGGAUCCCCAUCGCCCGCAUUGAAUUCCUAGACGAUAUAAUGAUGAUUGCCUGCAACCGCUACAGUGGCCUGAGCUAUCCAGAAUUGCCCACCCUCUUCCUGGAGUUCCACGGCAGCGAACAAAGCGUGGAAGAGCAGGUGCAGGCGACAGGAGAGAUUGCACAGCUGAAUGGCGGGUCAGAGUUUUUGUGGGCCCGCGAACAGGAAGCCCGGAACCAGUUGUGGAAUGCAAGGCAUAACGCUUGGUACGCAGCGCUGGCUCUUCACCCUGGCCAGAAGGGUUAUUCCACGGACGUUUGCGUUCCUAUCUCUCGCCUCCCUGCUAUCCUGGUAGAAACCAAGCAAGACCUUCUGGCCUCCAGACUCACAGGACCGAUUGUUGGCCACGUUGGAGACGGCAACUUCCACUGCCUUCUGAUUUUUGACCCCGAAGAUCCAGAUGAAAGCGGGCGAGUGAAGGAAUUCACUGUGCGGCUGGCCAGGCGUGCGCUGGCCAUGGAUGGCACCUGCACAGGGGAACACGGCGUAGGUCUGGGCAAGCGGCAGCUUUUACGGGAGGAGGUUGGCGAAGUGGCCCUGUCCACUAUGCGGCAGAUCAAGGCCACACUGGACCCCAAGAACCUCAUGAACCCAGGGAAGGUCUUUUGAUGCCCACUGCUUCUGUCUCGAACAGGCUGCAGGCUGUCUCAGUAUUGUAACCAGUAUUGGACAGAGAAACCGCCAGCAACUAUUGUUGUGUCUCAGUAUUGUAGCAAAACACGCACUAUUAACCACGUUACCCAAGGCCAGAUAUGCUGGCUCCUGGCCCUGUGCUGUGUCUGCACUACAAAAUUAAACCGUUUUGUCUUCCGUACCUUUUCCUUCUCCGAAGAAAUUAAGGUCAAUGUUGUUUCUCCCAGGGAGAGGAGGAGGGCUCCAGUACUUUACUGUUAGCUGUCCCUGCUGCGUAAACCUGCCAGGUUCCCCCGAGGGAAUUUUUUACCCUCAAACUCCAUUAAGAAACAGGCCUGCUCUUCGUCGGAGAAUUAAACUGCCAGGAACUCAGCUGAGAACUUCCCACCUGAACAUUUAUAUUGGCAGCUGGAACUAAAAUAAAGGGGAUUUGGGGGGCAUCCGAGCUGCCUGUGUUCUAGAUCUGUGAUGAAUUUUUC